UAUGGUCAACUGGCUGUAUCACCACGCCAUAGCAUAAUAAAACAAUAUCAAUCAGGCUCGGGUUGCGUGCUAGUGUUUUCAAUUGCUUCACCUCAAUGAAAGAAUAAUUUCUACUGCAAGAUGCUUGAUCCUAUUUCCGCUUUCAGUCUUGCGGCGUCUAUCAUAAAAUUUGUGGAUUUCACUUCAAAAAUCACCUCUACUGCUGCAGAGCUACAUCACUCCUCUAGCGGAGCCUUGGCCAACAACCUCGAGCUCUCCAUGAUUGUCUUGGAUCUCAGUGAUAUCAGCAAUGAUUUGAAGGCACGAAACCCUCACCAAGAGAAGCAUGGCUACAGCAAGGAUGAGCUGGCGCUCAUAAGCCUUGCCUCAAAAUGUGAAGAAUUAUCAGGCAAGCUCUUGCACGACCUUGAUGGCUUGAAAAUCAAGGGAUCACACACAUUGUGGGCAAGCGCUCGUCAAUCAAUACGUAGCUUAUGGAAGGAAACUUAUAUUUCUGAUAUGUCAAAAUGGCUAGAUGGUUUCGAAGUCAACUGCUGCUUAGACUUGUAGCUCUUUUGAAGUAUGAUUAACUCUUCACAAUUAGAUACACAUCUGUCAUUCUAGUGAAAGCUGACUUGUAUCACGUUCAGUGACCGACAUUCUGCGAUGAGCGCCGCGUUCAUCGAACUGCAACGCUGUCAGGGUCGUAUGGAAACGAACACGGAACAGAGUUAUUGGGCUUGAAAGACGACUUGCUCGCUAUAUCUCAAGAUAUUUGCAAACAUCAACAAACCAAUGAUAGAGGAUGAUCUCAAUUAUCGAGAACUAUUGAACAAGGAGGCACACCCUUUACCGAGCGUGCAAUCCUUAAAACAUUGAGAUAUGAGGGGAUGGGACAAAGACAGUCUAAUAUUGUUGAGGCACACAUUGGCACUUUCGAAUGUAUAUUUAACCCUCACCUAACGGGAUUCAUUGAUUAGCUCCGCGAAGGUGGUGACAUAUAUUGGAUCAAUGGGAAUGCUGGCUCUGGAAAAUCUACGCUCAUGAAGUAUGUAGUGGGCCACGACGACGUCAAAAACGCCCUCACAGAUUGGGCCGGCACUAAACCUCUUUUCACAGGCAAUUACUAUUUUUGGAGUGCUGGGAAUGAAAUGGAAAAAUCUCAACAAGGACUUCUACGAUCUCUUCUAUACGAUAUUCUGGGAAACUGUCCUUCAGUAUUGCCAAAACUGUUCCCAGACAGAUGGGUGUCACCAAACCACGCAGGCAUCAACAUUGAUGGCUCUUGGUCGCAAGCCGAGCUUCUAGACGCGUUCAACCAGCUCACAAAAAACCAAGUAUGACAUGGGAGAUCCGUCAUAAAUUGCACGUCUCUUGAAAUCAUUUGCAGCAUCUGCGGAGGUGAAAAUUAUCGUCUUGAGUCAGAAAUCGAACGUUUUCUCACCCCCAUCCCAGGCCAAUCAUUAAGUUUACAAGAUUUCACCCGAGAAGAUAUUAAAGACUACAUUCAUGACCUGAUAACUGAGGAUCCUGGUUUCUCGAACACACAAAUAGACGAGCGUUAUGGUAACCUCAUCGACGAAAUAUCCGACAAAUCUGGAGGUGUUUUUCUCUGGGUGGCCCUCGCUGUCCGGGAGAUACUGAAGGAUUGACACAUGAAGAUGCAAUUUCUGAACUCAAAGCUAGACUAGAAAAUAUACCACCAGGACUGAAAGAGUUCUUUGAACGGAUAUUGAAUAGUAUCGACGAGUUUACCGACCUCAAACCUCGCAAAUCCUUCAGAUGUGCCUAGCAGCUGAGACGAACCAUUGCCUCUCCUUACUUUUUCCUUUCUGGGGGAAGAACAG